AUGCGUCAUGGUUUUAACACGAUACGGGCAAUCAGGGGGGUUCUUGAUGAUCUCGCCCGUUAUUUCGCUAGACUGCUGGUCAAACUAACGGUAGUCUGGUCUGGAUUGUUUGAGUGCAUUUUACAAACACACGGUAACUUGCUCACCAACUAGCUAGAUAACUAGCGUUGACCGUAUUCGGGGGCAUGUUACUAUUUUAAUCAGUGUGAAUAUAUUUGAAAAACAUGUCAUAAUAAGCAAGUCAACGUUUAGCAGCUAUGGUUAGUUGUAGCUAGCUGGCGUAAUCUGAUAAACAUUAGCAUCUCUCGGCCGCCAGUUGGCUAACUGAACAAUAAUACGGAAACAGCUGAUCCUGCAAAGUCAGCUGUUACGACCAUCAAUGUUCCACACAGCGCGUGGAAAUUAGACAAAUAAUUGUUUUUAAGGCGAUAAUUAUAUAUGUCAUAUGUCACAUGGUAUGUUGUAUGUCCUGAUUUGACAACCUUUCCGUAAUGAUUUGUGUUGUUUUGACCAAGGUUGUGUGCAACGUGACAUUGCGUAAUAUGUACACGUGAUGUUGAAAACCUGAUGUUACACUGUCAACACGGUUGGGCGUGAACUCAAGUCUCCGAUGUGGAGUCGAUGCAUGUAUCUGUAGCAUUUGUUGUAGGCAUUAAAGUUAUUAACUGAAGCUAAAAGAAAAACCGCUGUCUUGAAACGUUGCUCAGCAUAUCUGAAUAUUAACUGUUGGUUGAGGAAAAAGCUACGGACGUAGUGGAGAAGUUGUCCUUAGGGCCAUAGGAGUUUGUGUUGGCUUGCUCGCUAACUAUGGCUACAUGUCGCCCCCCUCGGUUCAGCCCGUGGGAGGAAACCGAAUGUUUCACCUACUAUGACAUGCUCACUCCUCAUGAAAUUUACGAAGUCGUGGGCUCUCAUCUGACGGAAACGGACGUCGAAGUGUUGUCUUUUCUAUUGGACGAAAUGUACCCCGACGACGAACACCCCCUUGAUCCAGAAAAAUUCACCCAAGUGGCUAGGGGCGACUCCGGACAGCUAGAGGUGGUCACACCGCCAGACCCCCGGCUGGUGAAAUCCUGGCGCCGGAUCCGUCCCCGGGGCGCCCCAUGUCCCGAGGCCGCCCGACACAAGCCCAAGUGCGGGGUGGAGCUGCUGCUGGAGCUCGAGAGGAGAGGCCAUCUGAGCGAGGCCAACCUGGAGCCUCUGCUGCAGCUCCUGCGCGUGCUCACACGCCACGAUCUCCUCCCGUUCGUCUCGCGCAAGAAGCGGAGAACAGUGUCACCAGAGAGAGACUACAUGGUCCAGCUGGACGAGACGGCCAAGGAGGGGUGCUCUGAGGACGCCAGGAGCUGUAGUCAUGCCAACCCCCCUAGCGACUGUCAUGCCAACCACCCCCCUAACGACUGCUCCUCUCAGCUUUGGAGGGAAGGGAUUGACCCUGUGAGGUCAGCAAACCCCGCCCGGCGGAAGCGGGGCAAAGGGCGUCUGUGGACGCGUAGAAAAGGCCCCAAACCGCAGGAGCUCCCGCCGCCACCCGUCCCAAACAAAGUCACCUGUGAUAUCCGUCUGCGCGUGCGCCCUGAGUACUCGGAGCAGGAGUCCGUGUUGCGUGCGUCCGUGUCCUCGGACAAGCGCGAGCCGUUGGCGCGGCAGCUGGAGCUGUUCGGCCGUGCCAACGCCAUGCUGCGGGCGCGGGACCUGGGCUCCAUCAACUGCGACAUCAAGUUCUCCGAGGUGUCCAAGCUGGACGCGUUCUGGGCCGACUACCUGAGCGGCGCGCUGACGGAGGCACUCAAGGACGUGUUCCUGACCGACGCCCUGAGGCGCGCCGCCGGGCACCACCGCCUGCAGCUGCUGGUCAGCGUGGACCAGGACGACUACGAGCAGGGACGCAGACACCUACUGGAGCACCUGACAGACCACCACACAGAGCUCCUGGCCUGAAGAGAGGCACGCCGGUGAAGACACAACGAAAUAUUAUUUAUUUAUGAGAACUUACUACCAUUAUGAUGAUGAUGAUGCUGCGUUGUGUCAGGCUGCACUGGAAGCCAAACUGCUGUUAAGUUGGACACACACACACACACACACACACACACACACACACACAGCUCCUGUCCUACUGUCUGCACUGCAGGGUAAUAACGCACACAGAUAUAAAAAAUGAUCACACAUCCACAUUCGCACCCAUACACACACACACACACACACAGGUGCACAUACACACACGUGUGUGUGUGUGUGAGGCUGGUGGGAGGCGGGGGUGAAACAGUGUUGAACCGAGUGCCAAACUUCAACCUGAUGGAAUGAGAUCAUUAGCUGGAAGGGGUCAAGGGUCACUGGUCCUCGUGGUCUGGGAUGACUGAUGUGUUUUUUUUUCUAUGUGGGGGGGGGGGGUGGAAGGGGUUACAAGAAAACGUCCUGGUUUCCUACAGCAGUUGGGUGUUCUGAUCAGGACCAGUGUCUGGUCCCUUGUGUUUGAGUUGAGAAGAAACGCCUUCAUCUGCCUCCUGCUCAGUAUCGCCCCCUGGAGGGCGGGAGGGA